UCUUAUUCUGCUAUCUUGUGCGAUUGUUCAACGUCAACACCGUGCUUUCUGCUACCGAAACGACCUAGAUGACCUCGCCGAACGGCCUCAUAUGCUUCACUAACUGCUUGAUCCCACUAGAGGAUGGGAGCCUCGUCAAGAAAGACUUGUGGAUCGACGAGCGCCGAGGUGUGGUCCUGGAUUCCCAGCACACAUUUUAUCACAGGAAAGAGAGGCCACAAAGGAUGAUAGAUCUCGGCGGCAACAUCAUAAGCCCUGGCUUCUUGGAUAUCCAGAUCAACGGGGCGUACGGCUUCGACUUCUCAGUGUAUGAAGGUGACGACGAGGCGUACAGACGAGGGAUGCGAACUGUUUCUGAGAACAUCGUAGAAACAGGCGUCACAUCUUUAGUACCAACAGUCAUCACACAAGAAAGAUCCCUUUAUCCAAUUCUCCUGAACCUCCUUCGACCCUUUCACUCAUCCAAUGGAGCAACACUUCUCGGGUGGCAUGCAGAGGGCCCCUUCCUUCACAUGGCCAAGCGGGGUGCACAUGCCCCACCAUUCCUUCUCACCGCGCCCAAGGGUGUCUCUACUUUCGAAGACGUCUAUGGUGUGCCGAAUAUCUCCCAUACAGAGGACUGGCUCAUGGACGGCGGUGUCGGUGUGCGCAUCAUCACGGGCGCGCCCGAGAUUGAGGGCGUCAUGGACGCCAUCAAGGACUUGACGGCGCGGGGUAUCGUCUUUUCUAUCGGACACAGCAUUGCGACGACAGACAUUGCGACGGCAGCCGUACGACGCGGCGCGCGUCUCAUCACGCACCUCUUCAAUGCCAUGCCGCAGCUGCACCACCGCGAUCCGUCCAUCAUCGGGCUCCUCGAUAUGACGUUUGAGCGGCCGUUCUACGAGAUGAUCGUUGACGGGAUCCACUCGCACCCCAAUUCCGUCCGGCUUGCGUAUAACGUAUUCCCGGAAGGUUGUAUUUUGAUCACAGACGCGAUGAAGAUACUCGACCCACACCUGCGCGACGGCGUACAUGAAUGGCGCGACGGCAAACGGUUUGUCAAAGAAGGCGACCGGCUUUAUCUCGAGGGCACGGACACCCUCGCCGGCAGGCAAGCCCAAGUCAUCGUCUCACGGUCUUUCAUCACGGCUGCUUACCCGCAUGUACGCAGCGUUGUAACACUAGACAAAUGUGUACGCAACUUUGCCCGUUUCACGGGUUGCUCCCUCGGCGAAGCGCUCAAGUGCGUGACGCUGAACCCGGCACGGUGCCUUGGCAUCGAGAACAAGAAGGGCACGCUCCGCCCCGGGGCGGAUGCAGACCUCGUCGUGCUCGACAGAAUGGGUAAUGUUUUGAGCACAUGGGUCGGCGGGCGGGAGGUGUGGGCGCGCAGCUCAGAUUAGCUGGUGAAGCGUGAAAUCGAGAACUAUUAGGUGAACAAGUCUUUAGAGUUUUUGCCAUGUAUGUAAGAAUUGCGCGUUAGGGGCGUUGCCGUUGUACGUACUGAAGCGGUAAGAAAUGAGAAUUGGCACUCAUUCUGUU